UCACCGCCCGCGAAACGACAGACAGUGGACCAUCGGGAGAGAUCCAUCUGCCAAGAUUCGAUGAUAUGGUGUGCAAAAAGAUCGUGAAAGUGAUGGUACUAAACAAAAAGUGUUGCAUAAAUAGAACCUCUUACAAAAAUUGAUAAUUUUAUAGUAAAUUACGAUACGAAUAGUGAGUUGUGCUAUUCUAAAGAGAUCAUUUUGAAUUAUCACAUCCGACGGUCACUAAGCAUACGGCAAAAUGGUCGUAGGGGCAUUUCCGGCCGCCAAACUGGGCGUGCUGGCCAUGAAACAGAUUUCCAAGCCGAUUGCCGCCCUGCUCAAAGAACGAGCCAAGAACAGUCCGUUCUUCCGGAAGUAUGUUUGCAUGCCACCGGCGCAGUUCUACAAUUGGAUGGAAGUGAAAACCAAGAUGUGGGCCAUGAACCUCGGGAAGCCCACCAACGUUCCGGUACUGAAUGAAGCCAUGGCGAUAGAACUGGGUGCCAAUCUGUUAGGUGAAAUUGUAAUUUUCACUAUUGGAGCCGGCUUACUCUUAUUAGAGUAUCAAAGACAAGUCCGAAAGGAAGCUACAAAAGAAGAAAUGGUUCUACAGGAAAAGUUGGAACUGCAAUCUACUAUCAACGAACUGAUUUUUCAGGUGCAACGGCAGGAUACUCAGAUCAGGGAGAUGGCUCGAGUUGUGGCCGAUUUAGAGUCUAAAUCGUCUUGGACACCGAAAAUUUUGUCGGAUUUGGCUAAUAAAAGAAACAGUGCCGAGCAGCCGUUAUAUCUGCCAGAUAAACCUAUGAGUAGCUCAUCUACCGACGGUGGUGGUAAUUCCGGGCUGGUAACAAAAGCAUUGAAUGUGAUUGAAAAUGAAGUCUUUUAUAGAGAAAGCGAAUCGGACGGCGAAGAUGACGAAUUCAGGCGACGAGCGGGUGUCGUCUCGAAAGCCUUAGUCUAUCUUUUGGGUGAAAGUACCAGCUAAACAACCCGUAGAAUAUUUGCUAUACUUUCGUUCAUGUUGUCCGUAUUGCUUUUAGGUUGUUGUUUUGUAAAUAGGCAUUAACUAAUGUAAUUACUCGAGAGGACUUGUUUGAAUAAAAUGACAUGCCACAAUGAUCACAA